AUGACGCACGUCACGUGUGUGGGGAGCUCCCCUCGUGCCCCUCAAUCGUCACGGUAUUACCGUAUCGGAGGAAUUGCCGGGUGGGCGGUGCCUGCGCAAAUGUACAUGAUGAGCAACGAUUCCCAGCUCCCCAACCCCCCGCAUAUACAAGCCGACUCCAUGCUGGCCCGACGGUUCGGAAGGGAGACUGUGAACUAUUUCUCCAACCAUGCCUUCCUCUCCGCCGCGCUCAAGCACCCCUCUACACGCUUCGUCCUCAUGAAGGACCUCGCGCCGUUGACCAAAUCUCCCGCGGAGCCCUACUAUGCCAAAUACGAUGAGAUCCGCAAGAUGGUCCCCGAGUCUAUCUACGACAAGUCCGAGGAGGACAUCAUCAAGGAGUACGACUCGCGCAAAACCACCGCAUCCCCAAUCUUCCUCGGUCUGGACGAAACCCAGAAGGAGGACGGUCUUGUCUGGAAGAUCUACGCCGGAACACCCUACUUCGCACUGGACGUGACUCCGCGCCACUCCGAAGAGCAGCAAGCCAACUCCAGGGCCGUGAUCAGCGACAUGGAAGCCAAGGGUCUGACCUUCCUCCAAGGAAGAACUAUCAUGUCAUUCCCCGCCAGUGAAGACUGGAACACCCGCAACACCUUCUGCGGCACCUGCGGCCACCCGACGAUCUCCGUAAACAGCGGGACCAAACGCGCCUGUCCACCCAGCGACGCUGCCCUCGUAGAGCAAGGCAAACCCGCCACCCGACCCCCCUGCAACACCCGCACCACGAUAUCAAACCUUUCCUUCCCUCGCACCGACCCCACCAUCAUCGUGGCCGUCGUCUCAGCAGACGCCAAACGCAUCCUCCUCGGCCGCUCCAAGCGCUUCCCGCCCAAUUGGUACUCCACCCUGGCGGGGUUCAUUGAGCCCGCCGAGUCUGUCGAAGACGCCGUCCGCCGCGAAGUUUGGGAAGAAGCCGGCGUCACGUUGUCGCGCGUCGUGAUCCACUCGUCGCAGCCGUGGCCGUACCCGGCCAACUUGAUGAUCGGGGCUAUUGCGCAGGUGAGUGAUCCUGCGCAUGAGAAGAUCAACCUCGAGCAUGAUCCGGAGCUUGAGGAUGCGAGGUGGUUUGAGUUUGCCGAGGUGGAGGAGGCGCUAAGGACGGGCACGAGUGUCUUGGGCUCUGGGCCGGGGCCGGAGUAUAAGGAGGGGGCGUUGAGGUUGCCGCCGGCGACGGCUAUUGCCAAUCAGCUUAUUCGGGCGGCGAUCAAUUUGGAGUUUUUGGGUGGGGAGAAUGGGCCAAAGAUGUAG